AUGGAAGACAAAUCAGAAGCACUCUCGAACAGGAUAGCAGAAAUCAAAUUGAGACGAAUUCAAGAAUUCAAUUCAAGGUUGAAGGAAGCAUUAUUGCGUGAGAGGAUACCUGCUUCUAAUGCAUCAUUACUAAUAACUAAUUACGUUCAGGAUACACCUGACUAUAUAAUUCCAAGUCUUUGGAAGUUGCCACCUGAGCAGAAUAAAUUCAAGCAGUACGAAAGGUUUAAAAAGCAGAGAAAUGCUAAUUCUAAUACUUCAAACUGUUGUACAAUAGUAUAA